CUCUCUCUCUCUCUCUCUCUCUCUCUCUAAACUAUUACAUCUCCACAAACUUCCAAAGAUGAACAACUGAAAAGAGAAGGAGAUCUAAUCAACCCUUUUUCCUUCAUCCUCAUCCCUCUCUCUUUCUCUUUUCUUAAUUUUAUCUUUAUGUCUUUCUAAAGAUCACAAAAGAGAAGAAGAAGAAGAAGAAGAAGGAGAAGGAGAAGAAGAAGUUAGAAAGAAAAAUCAUUGAUGGGAAACAACUUGAAUCUACAACCUUUGUGAAAGAAAACUACUCAUGUGUUGUUGUUUAUCUUUAUCUUUAUCAUUAUCAUCAACAUCAACAUCAUCUUCAAGAAUGAUGUGUUGGAUUUUGAAGAGGAGUUGAUGGAGGAGUAGGGUGGAGAGAGCAUGAGGAGAUGGUCCCGGCGCGCAACCUUCUCCGGCGGCACUACGACAGCUAUGGAAGCUGUUUUAGUGAGUUGCACCAACCUAGACAAACAAUGAAAGCUCCAUUAAUGGCUGAAGAUGAGACAAAGAUAAGUAUAACUAAUGAAGAACAAGAAGAUGAAGAAGAAGAAGAAGAAGAGCAACAAACAGGGACUAGUUCUAAAGAACAAGAAGAAGAAGAAGAAGAAGAUGAUGAUGAGAUGAUGACUGGUUACAACUAGGAAUAGGUAGCCGUAACAUCAAGACAGAGAAGAUGUCCGGUGAUGAGAAUCCCCGGUUGAUGGAGCUUCCUUUGUUCUCCGAUAAGCCUUCUGGUGGAGGUGGUGGAUCUAGGUCAAUACCAAACACUAGUUCCUUUAUGCCUUUGUUUCCGGCUAUUGGACAACAAGUCCGGCAACCAUGGGGAUUAUGGACUACUACUACUACUAUUAGUCCAAAUCCAAUGUUUGCUAGUAGUUCAAACCGAUAUGAUUAUCGGCAUCAUCAAUAUAUGUAUCCAAGAUCACAAGUUUGUUUGAGUGAAGUGAGUUCGCCGGCCGGCACUGGAUUAAAGAUUGUUAACCCGCCGAGACGGCCUCAAGCCGGUGUUUGGUUCAUACUUCAAACCAAGCAAAACCAAGGGAGAGAACCCUUUUUGCCUCAAAUACCAAAGAGCUACUUGAGAAUCAAGGAUGGAAGGAUGACAGUUAGGUUGCUGAAGAAGUACUUGGUUAAUAAGCUUGGAUUGGAGGAUGAAUCACAGGUGGAGAUAACAUGCAGAGGUCAAGAACUUAUGCAUUCAUGGACACUGCAGUAUGUUAGGGACAAUGUCUGGUUUUCCGGCGAGACGAUGACGGUGUUUCUGCCGGAGUCUCCGGUGGCCGAUCAAGUGAUGACAUUGCAGUAUGGACGGCCAGCGCGAUCGAUAUAAUACCGACCCGACCGAAGAAUUUCUUUUUCUUUUUUUUUUUUUGGUUCUCUUUUUAACUGCUGAUCAUCCCUGCACUUUUUUUUUGGUUUAAUCUGAUUCAUUGAGAGCAGCAAUUUUGAGGGAUUAGUUUACAGCAUUGUCAAUCAAUGUAUUUCAAUCCCCAACCAAUCCUUUAAAUCACUAAUUUCAAAUCAAUACCUGUUUCUUUUCUA